GGGAGAGAAAGGGGGGACAACAACAACAAAUAACUAAACCCUUCCGAAAAAAAAAAUGGGAAGCAAGUUGACACCUUUGCAACAAGAGCUGGUGAAGGCACUGAUAGGUUCUGGGAUGAGCAAACAGACCCUGGUCGAAGCUUUGGGCGAACUGGAAGAGUAUGAGCCGGCUGGGAGCUCAGCUGAGGAAGGGGUGACGCUCACCAUCCUCCCCGCCGAUGGGAGCUCCAAAGACGGGCUGCAGAACGGCCAUCACCCGCUGCCCCCGGCCAGGCUGUCAGGGGAGGAGAGCUCAGAAGAAGAUGGUGAUGAUGACUAUGACACUCCGGCUAUUCUGAAAGAACUGGACAACCUCAGCCCAGAAGAAGCUGCUCAACAGAGAACUAUAGUGGAGCAACUCUUACAAGAAGAUCCAUGGAGAGCGGCCAAGAUGAUAAAGUGCUACAUGCAACAGCACAAUAUUCCCCAACGGGAGGUGGUAGACACCACAGGUCUCAACCAGUCUCACCUCUCCCAGCAUCUCAACAAGGGCACACCUAUGAAGAACCAGAAACGAGCUGCUCUGUACACCUGGUACGUCCGGAAACAGAGAGAAAUAGUACAGCAAUUCAGCCAACCAUCGCAGAAAGCAGGGCAAACUGUGCCAGAAAACAGACAGCAGCUAUUUCUCUUUGCAGAUUUCAACAGCACGAGCCAGGGAGCUUCAGGGGAGGAAGCGGAGGAGCCGACCAACAAGAAGAUGAGGCGAAACAGGUUCAAAUGGGGGCCGGCCUCGCAGCAAAUCUUAUUUCAGGCUUACGAGCGGCAGAAGAAUCCGAGCAAGGAAGAGCGAGAGGCAUUGGUGGAAGAGUGCAACAGAGCCGAGUGCCUGCAGCGUGGCGUCUCUCCAUCACAAGCUCACGGUCUGGGCUCCAACCUGGUCACCGAGGUGCGAGUCUACAACUGGUUUGCGAACCGAAGGAAGGAAGAGGCGUUCCGUCACAAGCUGGCGAUGGACGCGUACGGCACCCCACAGCCCCACACGGUGACCGCCAUCACACCUCACAGCAGCUUGCCCCUGCAGCCCAGCGUUCUGUCACCCAACAAAAUACACGGGUUGAGAUACACCCAGCAAGCCACCAACGAGGUGGUGUCUCCCGCCGUCAGUCACCACGGCAACAGCACCAUGGUGACAACCCACACCAUCCUACAGCCGGUCUCCCCACCCGGCCUGGAGCCGAGCCACAGUUUGCUGACGACCGACACGAAGCUGAUCUGCCGUCACCCACCACUGCACUUCCUGCACCAACCAGGGGGGCAGGAAACAGGCCUGUCUAUCUCUACCACAGGAGGCACGCUACCCCCUGUCAGCACCCUGACUGCUCUCCACAGCUUACAGCAUAACCCGCAGGCCAUCACUCAACAGACGCAAAACCUCAUCAUGGCUUCCUUACCCAGUGUCAUGGCGAUCGGGCCAAGUGAGUCCUCCACACUGGGGCAGAACCUUACCAACGCGGGAGCUUCUGCACUAGUGAUCGGUCUGGCUACGACGCAAGGCCAGAACGUGCCGGUGAUCAACAGCAUGGGCAGCAGCCUGACCACCUUACAGCCCGUCCAGUUCCCGCAGCAGCUUCACGCUCCUCACCAGCAGGUCAUGCAACAGGUCCAGGGUCAUAUGACUCCGAGUUCGUUCAUGGCGACCAUGGCUCAGUUUCAGAACCCGCACGCUGUCUACAGUCACAAGCCAGACCUGUCCCAGUACCACACCAGCCUGUUCCCUCAGACAAUGGUCUUCACUGAUGCCAGCAACAUUAGCACAUUGGCCAGCCUGCCCAUGGCCAAACAGGUUCUGCUGGCUAAUGCAGAAAAUCAGUCAGAAAGCCAGAUCCACACGUCAGUGCAGCAGGCUCCGUUACAGAUACAGGAUGGCUCCCUGCAACACGUCCAGAGUACCCACAGGGUCUCCUCCAGUCCAGCUGUUACCACAGUCGCUUCAGGCAGUCUGAUCAUGUAUCAAAACACACAGUCAACAGACACGCACAGCCACCUGCUGUCACCCAGUCACAGCACCGUCGAAACCUUCAUCCCACAGCAGAUGGCCUCCGCGGCGCCGUAACCAAGGCAACCAAAGCAGACUGUCUCGUAACGUGCUUCCGGCCUGGAUCAAGACGUCCCAUUUUACCCACCUCCGCACACCCCACCCCCACCCUCA